CGUGUCCCGGAAGCUCCCUCAUCAGAAUCCGGAAGUCACAGCUUAGUGUCGUGGUUUGUGGCUGGCCAGGCGAGUUCAGGUGUUCGUGUUACUAGAACGCUGAUCACCAGAUUCUUGAUUCGGUUGCCUCUUAUUUCUCGCCUGGAAAUGGCGACUUACACCUGUAUCACCUGUCGCGUGGCGUUCCGCGAUGCGGAGAUGCAGCGCGCCCACUACAAGACCGACUGGCACCGCUACAACCUGCGGCGAAAAGUGGCCAACAUGGCCCCAGUUACGGCCGAAGGCUUCCAGGAGCGAGUGCGGGCGCAGCGGGCCGUGGCAGAGGAGGAGAGCAAGGGCACGGCCACCUACUGCACCGUCUGCAGUAAGAAGUUUGCAUCUUUCAAUGCCUAUGAGAACCAUCUCAAGUCCCGGCGGCACGUGGAGCUGGAGAAGAAGGCGGUGCAGGCAGUGAAUCGCAAAGUGGAAAUGAUGAACGAGAAGAACUUGGAGAAAGGACUGGGCGUGGACAGUGUGGACAAGGAUGCCAUGAACGCGGCCAUCCAGCAGGCCAUCAAGGCUCAGCCGUCCACAUCCCCCAAGAAAGCGCCCAUAGAGGGGUCCUCGAGCGCCGUGGCGGUGGCUGCUGGGGGACGGGGGGCUCACGACCGAGACCCGGCCGAGAAGCCGCCCCGGCUCCAGUGGUUUGAACAGCAGGCGAGGAAGUUGGCCAAGCAGCAGGGGGAGGAGAGCGAGGAGGAGGAGGACCUGGACGGAGACGAUUGGGAAGAUAUUGAUUCUGAUGAAGAAAUGGAAUGUGAGGAUACCGAAGUGAUGGACGACAUAGAGGAGGAAGAGACUGGGGAAGUUCCACCUCUUGGUGCCAUCCCAAUAACAGACUGCUUGUUUUGUCCCCAUCAUUCAAGCUCCCUCAUGAAGAAUGUGGCUCAUAUGACUAAAAUCCACAGCUUCUUUAUUCCUGACAUAGAAUAUCUUUCAGACCUUAAGGGACUGAUUAAAUAUUUGGGAGAGAAAGUUGGUGUUGGCAAGAUUUGCUUGUGGUGCAAUGAGAAAGGGAAAUCAUUCUACUCCACAGAAGCUGUGCAGGCACAUAUGAAUGACAAAAGCCACUGUAAGCUCUUCACAGAUGGUGAUGCUGCUUUGGAAUUUGCAGACUUCUAUGAUUUUAGGAGUAGCUACCCAGAUCACAAGGUAGGAGAGGAACCUGAUGAGACAGAGGAGUUGCCCUCAGAUAAGAGCUUGGAAUAUGAUGAUGAAACUAUGGAGCUGAUUCUGCCUUCUGGUGCCAGAGUGGGUCAUCGCUCCUUAAUGAGGUACUACAAACAGCGAUUUGGCUUGUCAAGAGCUGUGGCAGUUGCUAAAAAUCAAAAGGCCGUCGGCAGGGUACUCCAGCAGUACAGAGCCCUGGGGUGGACCGGCAGCACAGGAGCUGCUCUUGUGCGAGAGCGAGAUAUGCAAUAUGUCCAAAGGAUGAAAGCAAAAUGGAUGUUGAAGACAGGAAUGAAGAGCAAUGCCACCAAGCAGAUGCACUAUAGGGCCCAAGUGAGAUUCUGAAGGCCUGCAGGAUUGAGUAGUGCAUCUGCUCCAGUUUCUUUUCCACCUGAAGAGCAAUGGAAGCUGGAUUGAGGAAUAUGCCCUUUUGCUGCUACUUUGGUUUGUUCUGACCUAAUUAAAAAAAAGUCAAAAUCAUA